AUGGUGGAGGCUGAAUGGGGCUCUUGCCACAAGGACAAGCGGUCAAACAAGGGACACCACGCUACAUGGCGUCCUCACCAAAACACUACUGCCUGUCAAAAAUGGUCUCAAUUUCAGUUUUUCAUCAGUCGGAUAGAGACCUCCAUUAGCACUGGGUUUAUGGCCCAGUUAGGGCAGUCAAAUGGGUCCAUCACUGAUGGGCCAGCGGUGUGUGACAGGCACCCAUCAACAGCAGGUCAGCGGACUCAGCCAAGCUGUCAAGAAUUCGGCCUUGGGAAUGACUGGGCCGAGACUCUAAAAUAG